AGCCCCCGGAUGAUCCCCAAUAGAAAGUCAUCACAAGGCCAAAAUCCACCUCUCACCGGCAGCGGCGUUAUUGGGAUCGACUAGCGUGGAUGCAAUAAAUAAACGUGCUGAAAUUGCUGCCGGUAGCUAGAAAGGCAUUAAAGGAGAUGCUUGCUGCUCCUGCUCGCUUGUUGCUGUCCCGAUGCUGCGUCUCUGCGCUGCCUGCCGAUAAAGUACGCUGCUCCGAGAGGCGCCUUGAAGCAACUUGCUUCCCACCCAUGGCAGCUUUGUCUCCAGAAGAAGAGAGUCCGGUGGGUAGAAUGGUCGCUGACCCUGUGAGCCUGUGCGAAUGGCAAGCGUGGGGUUCCUCCUCAACAAUCCCCUCCUUGGUGGUCGAUGUCAUUGAUGAUCUGAGAGAUUUGGAGAGAGAUUUGGAUGCCUGUAUGAACUUUGGGGGUCAUGGAGGCAAGCUUCGUGGUCCUUUAAAGAUUCCCGAAGACAAGAAAAGGAGGACACUAUUCCAGUCCCUAACUGAUUCUGAACAGAAGAUUCAAUAUUUUGCUGCUCGGCAGAUAGCACAUCGCGUGCUUGGUAGUCGGGGAUACCUUUGCCAAAGGUGUUGGCUUGCAAAGGAAGAUUGCAUGUGCUCUAGAGUAGUACCAUGCUCUUUGUGGAAUGGGAUAAGAUUUUGGUUGUACAUGCAUCCAAAGGACUUUUUGCGCCAAAAUAACACGGGAAAGUUGUUGUGGCAAUUAUUUGGAACUCAAUCUGUGUCUCUAUGCAUCUUUGGAAUUCAUGAACAUGAAGAAAUGAUGUGGGAUGCAUUUAGGAGUUCAGGAAAGGAAAAGAUUUGGUUUCUUUAUCCCAGUAAAAGUGCAGCUCCUAAAUUGGUUCAGGACAUCUUUCUCAACAGCUUAUAUUCAAGUCUUGAUGGUCAAAUGAUGGAUAGUAAGGAUCAACCUUUAAACUUUGUUCUUAUUGAUGGCACAUGGAGCAAUUCGGCUGCUAUGUAUAGACGUUUGAAGGAUCAGUGGAUGACAUUAUGGGGAGAGGAGGAGCCGCCUAGCAUCUCCAUAGCAAUUUCCAAUGUAUCAGUUAUGCAUAAACUAAGGCCCCAGCCAUCAUGGGAUCGAACCUGUACUGCAGCUGCCGCCGCUGGCCUUCUCUCAGAGCUACAUCAUUUUCAUCCUGAACUUUGCGAGCAUGGUUUGGAUAAACAGGCUGAGGCCGUGGAGGAUACAUUAGAAGUUCUAUUGGAUGCACUUACAAAAAGACGGCUACGCAAGGGCAGGUCUAUCACCCGGAAAGAUAGGAAGAUGGUCUCAUUGAGGUGAAAGCGAAGAGUAACAUGAUUUACAGCGGCUGCUGAUCUCGGGCUGAAUAAAUGAGAAUGCGAUUGAUCCAUCUCUCUGAAAGGAAUUUUUGACCAUUAAGGCAUAGACCUUAAGCCACAAGAAAUAGCAGUUAACUCUUUCAAAAAAACAAGGAAUUAUUGUCUGCUAACAUGGAAGUAUACCUCUGGUAGGUUCUAAACUAAUUGAGCUUAAAUGAACGUGGAUCAGUUUUUGAGUUUGGUUUGAAAUUUAAAAAUAGCAGUUUGACUUCAAUGUUUGAGUUCUAAUCGAACUAUCAGAACUUACUCUGAAUAUGGUUCUUAGCAA